AAAGUAUUACGAAAUAUUAAAAAUUUGUAUUAGAAUUUUGUGUUAAGAAUCCUAAAAAAUCUUUUAAAAUCCCACAAAGAUCUCUAUAAAAAAAAACCUUUAACAGGUUAUAACCCCCAGUCUUGUUCCCUUUCCCUCUUUCGCGUUUUUGCCAUGGGAAGGCUAUCUUCUACCGUCGAAAGAUCUAACCCACCCCGCAGACACAGCGACCGCCGCACCCCUGACUCCGAUGUCUCCGACGACCGCCCCCGCUAUCGUCGUAGUCCUAGUUACGACUCAUACGAUCGUCACACAGACCGCCGCCGCCGUACAAAAUCACCGGAAAACAGAAACCCUAGAUACGACAACGGAAACAAUCUUCCAAAGAAAUUCGGCCAUCGAAAUGGUGCGUAUCUGGAUCGCGAUCGUGGUGAUUUUAAGCGCGCUGAGUCUGAAUCUGAUGAAGAAUUGAAGGGAUUGAGUUAUGAAGAAUAUCGAAGGUUGAAGAGGCAAAAGAUGAGGAAAUCGCUGAAACACUGUAUCUGGAAUGUUACACCGAGUCCUCCGAGACGCGAGAAUGAUGAUUUUGAAGAUGUUUAUAAAGCUGAAGAAAUUUCUGAGAAAUUUGAUGGAAAGAAUGAUAAAGAGGUUAAACAGAAAGCAAAAUCUGAAUCUGAAUCAAAAUCCAAAUCCGAGGAAUCUGAGGAUUCGGAUAGUGAAUCGGAGGAUCAACGUUUGAAGAAGAAGAGAAGCAAAAGUUAUUCUAAGAAACCGCGUAGCGACAGUGAAUCGGAAUCAGAAGAAGAGGAGGAUCGGAAGCGGAGAAAGAGUAAGAAGUAUAGUUAUAGCGAUAGUGAAUCGGAAGAAGAAGAUCGAAAGAGGAGAAGGAGAAGAAAGAGUAGUAGAAGGAGAAGGAAGAGUAGCAGGAAGAAGAGAAGGUAUAGUGAUUCAGAAGAGAGUGAAAGUGAUGACUCUGACUCUGAUGAUAGUGCGAGAAUGAGGAAGCCUUCUUCCAAAAGGAGCAGAAAAAGAACUAAGAAAAGUUCUGAACCGGUAAGUGAGGGUUCGGAAGAUAAUGAAUUGGGUUCUGAUUCAGCUGUUGUGAAGAAUAAGGAAGUAAUUGAUGAUGUUGAUGAGGCGAAUAUGGCUGAGAUUAAUGCUGAGGCUCUAAAGUUAAAGGAAAUGUUUGACUUACAGAAGAAACCUGCUUUGGAUAACGAACCAACUGUUGGGCCAAUGCCUUUGCCAAGAGCGGAGGGGCAUAUCAGUUAUGGUGGUGCACUGAGGCCCGGAGAAGGAGAUGCUAUUGCGCAAUAUGUUCAACAAGGGAAACGUAUUCCUCGAAGAGGAGAAGUGGGUCUGUCUGCUGAAGAAAUUUCGAAGUUUGAGGAACUUGGUUAUGUGAUGAGUGGUAGUAGACAUCAGAGGAUGAAUGCAAUUCGUAUUAGGAAAGAAAACCAGGUUUAUAGUGCAGAAGAUAAGCGUGCUUUGGCUAUGUUUAACUAUGAAGAAAAGGCUAAAAGGGAGCAUAAGGUUAUGGCUGAUUUGCAGCGGUUAGUGCAGCGUCAUAUUGGUCAGGAUGUUGGUCCAACUCAUGAUCCUUUUGGUGCAAAAGAUGGUGCUGAUGCCUGAUAUUGAUGUGAUGAAGGGAAGUAAGAAAGGACAUGAAAUGACCAUGGAAGAAAAUGUCAUCAGCUGGAGAUAAAUCAACUGUAAGGGAUAAUUGAGCUUUUGAUUUGUUGUGGAGCAAGAGCAGAGAGGAGAUUAUGCAGCAGAACUUGGUAGAAGGCGAAGAGGAGGAGGAUGCUUGGGUGAUACAGCUUUAAUUGCAUUGAAUGAUUAAUUUUUCCUCCUUCAAUUUGUUUUCUACAUUGUUUUCUCUUCUCUUUUGGUGGUGGUAUGUUUCCAUAACAUUUGAGGUUUGUCUUUAAAGACCGACAAGUUUCGAUGAUGUGUCUGAAAUUCUAGUUUCAUAAGACUUUCUUUUUGAUGGAGAGAAAUUGAAAUGUGUAGUGAUCUUUCUCUUUGUUGAUAAGAGAACUGAAAAACAAGGAAAGGGUUCAUGUCAUCUAUUGUCACGUGAAACAGAUCAAAAGUAGAUUUAAACAAAAAAAGAUUUUUUCUAAAAUGAAAUCUGAAGCAAAUGCAGCCAUAAUCCAUAUAUUUGUGAUUUUUGUGGAUUCUAUAAGGGUGCUCACCCCUCCCAUGAUUCUUCAAAA